GGUGUGCAAGUGCAUCUGUCAAAAAAGAAACGAGUUUCGCAAGUGAAGUGCCACCAAGUGAUUAUAAACCAUAUGUUUUAUGAGUUAUUGAGUGACUAAUUGUGAAGAAUCUUCAGAGCGAAGUGGUAAUUAGCCAAUCCACGUCGAUACAUGGAUUACAUAGGACACAAAUCACCUGAGGAUAAUAUUAGGUGGAGUGCGGAUGAUAAAAGAUUGCGGAAGCUUUUCUGAAAAUUAUUUUACCACAAUGCAUUUUUCUAUUCCUGAUACCCAGGAGUUUGUUGAUAACAGUGGAAACUCAUAUUUGGGUUACAACAUCCACAUAAACGGUCUCUUCCACUGCACAGUCCGUUACAAACAGCUGCUGCACCUCCACGAGCACCUGACAAAAGAAACUGUCCAUCCACUCCCUCCUUUCCCCCCGAAGAAGUUGUUUCCCCUGACAACUACCCAACAAGAGGAGCGUCGCCAGUCCCUGGAGAAAUACAUCCAGACAAUCGGUCAGAACUCCACCCUGAACACUUCACCCUUACUGACAUCAUUCCUCCUGCACGCCCAACAAGAGACAUCCUCGAAGAUAUCAAUAAUCGAAAGCCUGGACAUUUUCCUCCAGAACAACCUUCGAAUAUCGCUGAAGGUCUCCACCAACGAGAGCACCACCCGAGUCCUGAAGAAGCUCCUGAGACACCUGAACCUCCCAGAGCACCUAGACCAAUUCUUCGCGCUAUUCGCUGUGAUCGAGGGCGAGAGAAAUGCAAACAUUUUGCGUCGUCUCCAAGACUUUGAAUCACCAGUUCUCACCCUGGGUAACAUAAAUUUCCCAGCUGUGAAGCUGAUGGUGGGUAGGAGCUACUGGGAGACUGAUAAUGAUGUGAAAUUAACAGAGAAUUCAGUGUCCCUGGAGUUGCUGCACCAGCAGGCAGUGGCCGAGGUGAAUCGUGGAUGGAUUCUCGUACCCUCAGCUCUUCAGGAUCACCUGAGAUCGCUGGAGGACAAGCGAGAGUACUUAGAGGCUAUCAGAACCUGCAAGUAUUACGGAUUCACUCAAUUUGCUCCCUGCACCUGCGAUUAUCCUCAACCUGAUACCAGAGUCAUUGUAUCCAUUGGGAGAAAUGAAUUGAAUCUCCGGAUGCUUCUUGAUGAUCGUGAACACGAGGCUGUCUUCAAGGUCACCAGGAUGAGGUGCUGGAGGGUAACAACUCUGCAUAAUGGAAUGGACAGGUCUGAGGGGAGUGAUUACUCCUUGGAAUUGUCAUUCGAGUAUCUCGUCGCCAGGAAUCAGCUGCAGUGGAUCACCAUCGUCUCCGAGCAAGCCAUUCUCAUGUCUGUGUCACUUCAAGGAAUGAUUGAUGAACUUCUCACGAAGGGGGAUGAAUCCAGGGAGCAGGAAAUACCUGGGAAGAGGUGGAGUUAUGUUCUCAGGGAUGGCCACAGCAAAAUUGUCAUUGGUGAGGGUGAAGACGCCAGAAAACCCAGGGAGGAAGUCAAGAGAGCUAGGACCAGGGGAGAACACUGUGAUAUUACAGAGAAUAAUGCAUUUCACAUGAUUGGGGAUGAGGAUCUGUGAAGUCCUUCGUUUUCUAGGGAUUUAAAAAAAAAUUCGCACAAAUUAUUAUUUUUUUUUUUUUUGAGAUUAUUGAUGUUCUUGGAGUCCCACGGAAAUUAUUUCUCCAUUAUCAUGCGUUGAGAACUUAAAUUGAGAAUUGAAAUGGUAACGUCAGUAAUUAAUUACUGUUUUAGUUAUUUGGGGCAGUUAAUUGAAAUUUUGACUAAAAAAUCAUGAUAUUAAUUUGGGGGAAAAGUCUGCAACGGAAAUUCGUGGGGUCCCGCGUUUAUUUUUCGUUUCGCGUCGUAAAUUCUCGUGCCAAAAGUGUUGACAUUGAUUUCUCAUUCUAAAUUUUAACCGUCCACGCAAUUCGUUGGAGUAUUCCUCCAACGAAUCAACGAUUUCAUCGAGCACAUCAAAUACGAGGAGUAUCUAUAAUACGUCAUAUCCAUUAAUAAAAUUGUUCAAUGAAAAUAUUCUACUAAAAAAUCACAGCAUUUAUCUAAAAUAAUGUUUAACAGAAUUUAAUACGUAAAAGGCUAGAUACUUAAUGAUGAAUUCUACCUGUUAGUCAAUUACAUCAAUUCUCUCAGUAACUUUAAUUAUUUCAAUUAACGUAAUGAGAAAAUAAUGACACAUAUCCUGCCCUCGAGGCCACAGGGCCUAGAAAAAAAUGCUCUCGAUUUUAAAAUGACAUAAGAUUUUUUCUGUAUUCAAUUAAAAUGAUUAUAAUGACAUUUCGACGCAAUUCAGUGCCAAAAUGACAAAUUGUUAAUAAAUAUAUGGGGAUUAAUGAUAAAAAAAAGUGGAGAAAUUCCUCAAUCUCUAAUAUCUCAAGAAGUUCUUUAUUUUAAUAUUCAAAUGCUUUUUAUGCUCAGGGUUGGUAAGAAUCCACUCAUUCAUUUGUAUAAAGACAAGGCCCCUUAUGAAGAUUGUGCAUUUGCUUGUUCAAUCAGUAAUUAUUAUAUAUUUCAAUGUAUUUAAUGCUCUUGUAAAAACCACUCGGCAUAAUUGUCUAUUGUUCAUUUAGAAUUUAUCGUUAUUCAAUUUCUGGCCUAGCGUUUGUUUAUUUAUUGUUCGUAUCGAAUUGAAUAUUGUUUAUUUCCAUUGGAUCAUUGGCUCAGCUAGUGGAGUAUUGCCAACUCUGUACUUUAACUACUAAUAAUUUUUUAAUUACAAAAUCUUACAAUUCUUAGUGCGUACAGUACAAGAAUAAUGACGAAAACAUUUUUAUGUCUCUGGAGGAACGAAUUAAUUGAUAUUAAAUUGUUCAUUUCUCGUUGGUUCGACUCAUCUGCUCAUUAAUGCAUUUUAACAAUGAAAAAUGAAUUUAUACGUUCGUAAUACAAAUAAAUAAGUGAUGUAUUUUGUAUAACACAAAUGCGCAAAUACAUGAUUCCUGACGUGAGAUUAAUAAAUAGGUUUUUUUUUUAAUGAAAUAAAAAAUUGGUGGGGUCGAUCCUGUUAGUCCCGUUUCUAAUUUAUAUCGUCUCACUGGUCUAUUUAUUUUUUUCUUUUUGUAAAUUCAGAUCAUCUCUCAGUCUAUAUCAAAAAUAUGUUGUCAUUCGUUCUGCACUACUCUUUGUUUAUAUUCUCGAAUUUUGCACUGCGAAAAAUAUGGAAAAACCUGGAUUUUGUUUCUUCAAUAUCCGGUUAUUUAUUUAUUUAUUCAGAGGACGAUUGAAAAUGCGGAGUAGUCAGUUGAAUUCAGUAGCAAAGUCGUAAACUAGCAUGAGUGAUUUUUUUUCGAGUCCAGUUUUCAGCCAAUAUCUCGGAAUCGAAUGCACAUAGCGAAUUUUGUGCAAUAACAAUUUUUAUAGAAAAGGAUGAGAGCUACAAAAAAGGUAUCAAUGAAAAUAUCGUCAUCUCUCUCCAAUUCCGAGAUAUCGGCUAAAACCUGGCCCCGGUCAAAAAUGACUUAUCGUAAUUUCGCAGUAGAAUUGACAGAAUUAAAAUAGAAUAAUCUCUACUGAAUUGGGGAAUUUUGAGCUCGUUGUCAGGUUUCCCCAUUCGACGUUAAAAUAUCAAACAAAAAACCGUGAUUGCCCUGAAAAAUCAUAGCUCACUAAAAAAAAAUUAUUGAGUACAACACUCUACCGUAAUUCACACUCGAUCCAAUUAAAUUCCCUACAAAAUCUAUUCCCAAAACUCCAACUAAAAAAUAGCCAUCGAUUAAUUGUCCACCGAUCAAUGAAGCACAUGCGUACUUAAAGGGAAGACUAUUUUCUAAUUAAUCAAUUAAUUUUCACCAACUCCCAGUGAAUUACUCUACCAACCAAUUUACAUUUCCAAUAAUCGAUUAAUAAUCAUUUAAUGUAGCCAGUCGUGCCCUGGGAGAACCUAAUACAAUAUCCACUCGAAAUCAAACGAAAAGCAAUUCAUCUAUUGCAAUAACUCCCCAUUAAAAUAAUUAAUUAAUCAAACUAAAAUCAUGAGCUCGAAUGACACUUAAUCGAGUGGACCCUCACGUCCCCUAAAACUAUAUAUGACGCAGCAGAAGCAAAAAAAAAACGCAAUGAUUCACGUAAAAUGGCGCGAAGAAGACUAGUCUGUUAGUAAUAAAAAAAGAUAAAAAAAAAUCAGCCCAUAAUUAAACUCCCACUCGUCGCGUUACUCCCUAAACAUUUUUCUCUCGUUCUAUAUUCACUGUAUAACUCUAUAAGAAUAGUGUAUUCAACAAUAACUACAU